AUGGGAUACAGCAGCAAAAGGCAAAUUUCAUGCAGUCAACAUGUCCCCAUGAGACUUCCCUCACAUUGUUGGCUGUGUACAAAACCUAAGCUUUUCCAUCUUCAAUGCAAAAAAUUUAGAAAUGAACCUUCCUGGGGAGAAGAUACCCCACCAACUAGGCUUGUGUUAUCCUUGUGAAUAUUCUUAAGGAAUGACAUAGCAGGAGGUGAGAACUUUCUCCUGUUAUCUUAAUUGUCCGCUAAUGGCAAAGCAUAAUUACAGUUACUUAAGUGCCAACUUUAUCAAGGUUUUCACUAAAACCUUCAGCCACAGCGCUUUCCUUGACUGACCCAGCUUUUAUUUAUCCGGUUGCUUUACUAUCAUUUGAAAGAAAACUGCCCCCCAAUAAAAACAAGCGAACAAAAAGCCUAAUCCCCAACCAUGUUAAAUUUCUUUGUUAUUUUAGUUGGAGAGUUAAGGCACUUGUGACUCCAAAAAAGUCGAAGAAAUUGUGAAUGGCAUCAUUAAUUGAAAAUUUAGCCUUCCUACAUUCAAAAAGCAGGGCUUUGCGGGAGUUUUGCAAUAGUUCGCUUCACGGCUUGGGGAAGUCAAUUCGCUGCUCAACCAGAAGAUGGUCUUCUUAAAGACUGUCCUGUAUUUGGAAUGGAAACUUAGCCAUUGUACCUUUCCCCCAAUGCACCCACAUGAGAAGCCCGAAAGCCACCCAUCGGUCUCUGGAUCUCCUCGCUGCCUUUGUCCCUUCUAGACGUGGAGGCUUGGAGAGGAGGUUUAGUUUCCAAGGAUUGGAGCGUUUGAAGGGCGGGGCCAUCUCCAAGUCCAUCUCUCCUUUUUGUCCUCUUCUCCUGGGACGGGAGGGAGGAGCCAGGUCCCCCCGCGGCCGGUUCGGGAGCUCUCUGUUUCGGUCGCUGGAGGUUCCUAAUGUGAGAAGGUAGGCCCAGAUCAUGGAGGUGCUACAGUGCGAUGGCUGUGACUUCAGAGCCCCGUCUUACGAAGAUCUCAAGGCGCACAUUCAGGAUGUCCACACGGCAUUUCUGCAGCCAACUGAUGUUGCUGAAGACAAUGCUAAUGAGCCACGAUCCGGGUCCAUGAAUGCCAGUAAUCAGACAGAGGUGGAGUAUUCUUCUAUAAAGGACGAAUUUGCGAUCGCAGAGGAUCUAUCAGGUCAAAAUGCAACUGCGUUGGGGACUGGAAGCUACUAUGGCCACAGUCCAGGAUAUUACGGUCAGCAUAUUGCCCCUAAUCCCAAACCAACAAACAAGUUUUUUCAAUGCAAGUUCUGCGUACGCUACUUUAGGUCAAAAAACCUCCUCAUCGAACACACAAGGAAGGUCCACGGAGCUCAAGCUGAAGGAAGUUCGGCGGGCCCCCCUGUUCCAGGAUCCUUAAAUUAUAAUAUUAUGAUGCAUGAGGGAUUUGGAAAGGUCUUCUCUUGCCAGUUUUGCACAUACAAGUCACCGAGGAGGGCAAGAAUAAUUAAGCAUCAGAAGAUGUAUCACAAAAACAAUUUGAAGGAGACCACUGCUCCCCUCCCUGCCCCUGCUCCAAUACCAGACCCCGUGGUCCCACCCGUGUCCCUGCAGGACCCCUGCAAGGAACUGCCAGCAGAGGUCGUGGAGCGCAGCAUCCUAGAGUCCAUGGUCAAGCCUUUGACCAAGUCUCGAGGCAACUUUUGCUGUGAGUGGUGCAGCUACCAGACCCCCCGCCGAGAACGCUGGUGUGACCACAUGAUGAAGAAGCAUCGCAGCAUGGUCAAGAUCCUUUCCAGCCUCCGACAGCAGCAAGAAGGGACUAACCUCCCUGAUGUGCAGAACAAAAGCGCCCCCAGCCCUACUUCCAAUUCCACCUAUCUGUCCAUGAAUGCUGCAAGCCGGGAGCUGCCCAGCGCUAACGUCUCCAACUUCCGGGGCUCCAUCAGUAACUCCAUCAUGAGACCCAAUUCUUCGUCCGCUUCCAAGUUUCCACCCGUGUCUUACCCUCAGAUGAAGCCGAAGUCCCCUCACAACUCUGGCCUCGUUAACUUGGCGGAGAGAUCGCGUUAUGGAAUGGCUGACAUGACCAAUUCCUCUGCUGACCUGGAAACUAACAGCAUGCUGAAUGACUCCAGUUCUGAUGAAGAGCUGAAUGAGCUAGACAGCGAGAAUGGCUUGAAUGCUAUGGAUCACCAGACAUCGGGCUUGUCUGCAGAGCAGCUGAUGGGCUCAGACGGCAACAAGUUGUUGGAGACCAAGGGCAUUCCGUUUAGAAGGUUCAUGAAUAGGUUCCAGUGCCCCUUUUGUCCUUUCCUCACUAUGCAUCGACGUAGCAUCUCCCGCCACAUAGAAAACAUCCACUUGUCCGGAAAGACCGCUGUCUACAAAUGUGACGAAUGUCCGUUUACUUGCAAAAGCUCGUUAAAGCUCGGGGCUCACAAACAGUGUCACACGGGUACAGCGUCAGAUUGGGAUGCUGUGAAUUCCCAGAGCGAAAGCCUCGCUUCUCCACUGACCGAAGGGGUCGUGUCUUACGAGAGCUCAAGCAUCAAUGGCAGAAAGUCAGGAGUCCUGCUGGAUCCCUUGCAGCAGCAACAGCCCCCGCCGCCACCGCCGCCCCCGCCGCCACCGCCGCCACCGCCGUCUCAGCCGCCGCAGCUACAGCCCCCCCACCAGGUGCCACCACAGCCGCAGCCCCAGCCCCCGCCGACGCAGCAGCCCCCACCGCCCGUGCAAGCCCCACCCCUGCACCCUUACAAAUGCACCAUGUGUAAUUACUCCACCACGACUCUGAAAGGGCUACGGGUCCAUCAGCAGCACAAACACUCGUUCUGCGACAACUUGCCAAAAUUUGAGGGGCAGCCCUCAAGCCUGCCGUUGGAGAGUGAGACAGACAGCCACCCCUCUUCCAGCAACACUGUGAAGAAAAGUCAGACCUCAAUUCUUGGGUUGUCCUCCAAGAACAAUUUUGUAGCCAAGGCCUCCAGGAAGCUCGCUAAUGACUUUCCCCUCGAUUUAUCGCCCGUGAAGAAGAGAACGAGGAUCGACGAGAUAGCAAGCAACCUGCAGAGCAAAAUCAACCAAACAAAACAGCAGGAGGAUGCAGUGAUCAAUGUGGAGGACGACGAGGAGGAAGAGGAAGACAAUGAAGUGGAGAUAGAGGUUGAGUUGGACAGGGAGGAAGAGCCGACGGAGCCGGUCAUGGAGGUGUCCGCAUCCUUCUCGGCCCAACAGAUUUGGGCGAGAGAUGCCGGGGAGCCCCAGAAGGAGCCCAGCUUCAGAAGCGUCGCCCACGACUACAACGCCACCAACGGGGCUGAGAUUGAGCUCACCCUUUCUGAAGACGAAGAGGACUAUUACGGCUCCUCGACAAACCUGAAGGAUCACCAGGUUUCCAGUACCGCUCUGCUGAACACCCAGACUCCCAUCUAUGGAACUGAGCACAAUAACGAGAACACAGACUUUGGUGACUCCGGAAGGCUUUACUAUUGCAAACACUGUGACUUUAACAACAAAUCUGCCCGGAGUGUCAGCACCCACUACCAGCGGAUGCACCCGUACAUCAAGUUCAGCUUUAGGUACAUCUUGGACCCCAAUGAUCACAGUGCCGUGUACAGGUGCCUGGAAUGCUACAUUGACUACACCAACUUUGAAGACCUGCAGCAGCAUUACGGCGAACACCACCCAGAAGCCAUGAACGUACUCAACUUUGACCAUUCGGACCUGAUCUACCGGUGUCGGUUUUGUUCCUACACGAGCCCGAACGUCCGAAGCCUGAUGCCACAUUACCAAAGAAUGCAUCCCACGGUCAAGAUUAACAACGCGAUGAUAUUUUCCAGCUAUGUCGUGGAGCAGCAGGAAGGGCUGAAUACGGAAUCCCAGACACUGAGGGAGAUUCUGAAUUCAGCCCCCAAGAGCAUGGCGACUUCCACUCCCGUGGCUCGCGGGGGCGGUCUGCCAGCUACGUUUAAUAAAAACACUCCUUCAAAGACCUUUACUCCAGAAUGUGAAAAUCAGAAGGACCCCUCAGUUAACACUGUUGUCGUUUACGAUUGUGACGUUUGCUCGUUCGCAAGCCCCAACAUGCAUUCUGUCUUGGUUCAUUAUCAGAAGAAACACCCGGAAGAAAAGGCUUCCUACUUUAGGAUCCAGAAAACCAUGCGAAUGGUGUCUGUGGACAGGGGCUCUGCCCUUUCUCAGUUAUCAUUUGAGGUGGGUGCUCCAAUGUCUCCCAAAAUGUCCAACAUGGGUUCCCCACCCCCCCCACAACCCCCGCCACCAGACCUCAGUACUGAGCUUUACUACUGCAAACACUGUUCCUACAGCAAUCGGUCAGUUGUGGGAGUGCUUGUCCACUACCAGAAAAGACACCCAGAAAUAAAGGUCACUGCCAAAUAUAUCAGACAGGCUCCUCCCACAGCUGCAAUGAUGAGAGGGUCCGAGGGGCCCCAAGGCUCCCCUCGGCCACCCGCCCCCAUGCAACAGCUGAACCGUGGCAGCUCUGAGCGAGACGGCCCUCCUGUGGAGAAUGAGAUGUUCUUUUGCCAGCACUGUGAUUAUGGGAACCGGACGGUCAAAGGUGUCCUCAUUCACUAUCAGAAGAAGCACCGAGACUUCAAGGCCAAUGCAGAUGUGAUCCGGCAGCACACGGCCACCAUCCGAAGCCUCUGUGACCGGAACCAGAAGAAGCCUGCUGGCUGUGUGCUCGUCGCCCCCUCCAGCAUGGAGCGGGACAAAGCUAAACUGCGAGCGCUCAAGUGUAGGCAGUGCUCAUAUACCUCCCCCUACUUCUAUGCACUGAGGAAGCAUAUCAAGAAAGACCACCCUGCCCUGAAGGCCACAGUCACGUCCAUCAUGCGGUGGGCAUUUCUCGAUGGCUUGAUAGAAGCUGGCUACCACUGCGAGUGGUGCAUCUAUUCCCACACAGAGCCCAACGGUCUGCUCCUGCAUUACCAAAGGAGGCAUCCGGAGCAUUACGUUGACUACACUUACAUGGCUACCAAACUCUGGGCUGGGCCAGACCCGUCCCCUCCGUCUCUGACGAUGCCUGCGGAAGCGAAGACGUACAGAUGCAGAGACUGUGUCUUUGAAGCCGUGUCCAUCUGGGACAUCACCAAUCACUACCAGGCCUUCCACCCCUGGGCCAUGAACGGUGAUGAGUCGGUGCUGCUGGAUAUCAUCAAGGAGAAAGAUGCCAUUGAGAAUCCCCUCCCCGCCUCUGCCGAAGAGCUGGUGGGUCCUGUGAACUGUGAAAACAGUUUGCCCCCGCCACUCCCCGAGCAGGACGCCGAGUGCCCGGACGACGCGAGGCUUUCCCCAGAGAAAAGCAUCCAGCUGGCUUCGGCCAACCCGGCCAUAUCGUCCACCCCGUACCAGUGCACCGUGUGCCAGUCUGAGUAUAACAACCUGCACGGCCUUCUUACACACUACGGGAAGAAGCACCCUGGCAUGAAGGUGAAGGCGGCCGACUUCGCCCAGGACAUCGACAUUAACCCAGGCGCCGUCUACAAAUGCCGGCAUUGCCCGUACAUCAACACCCGCAUCCACGGCGUCCUGACCCACUACCAGAAGCGACACCCGGCCAUCAAGGUGACCGCCGAGGACUUUGUGCACGACGUGGAGCAGUCGGCCGACAUAGCCCAGAACGACGUGGAGGAGACGAGCAGGAUCUUCAAGCAAGGCUAUGGCGCCUACCGUUGCAAGCUGUGUCCAUACACGCACGGCACGCUGGAGAAGCUCAAAAUCCACUACGAGAAGUAUCACAAUCAGCCCGAAUUCGAUGUCUUUUCCCCGUCACCCCCGAAGCUGCCGGUCUCCCUCGAGCCCGAGAUGACCACCGACGGGAGCCCCUCCCAGGUCUCUGUUACCGAGGAGGAGGUGGGAGAGGAGCCCGUGUCCACGUCUCACUUCUCUACCUCACACCUGGUCUCCCACACGGUGUUCCGGUGCCAGCUCUGCAAGUACUUCUGCUCCACGAGGAAGGGCAUCGCCAGGCACUACCGCAUCAAGCACAACAACGUGCGUGCCCAGCCAGAGGGCAAGAACAACCUCUUCAAGUGCGCCCUGUGCGCCUACACCAACCCCAUCCGCAAAGGGCUGGCGGCCCACUACCAGAAGCGCCACGACAUCGACGCGUACUACACGCACUGCCUGGCCGCCUCCCGGACCAUCAGCGACAAGCCCAACAAGGUGAUCAUCCCGUCCCCGCCCAAGGACGACUCCCCGCAGCUCAGCGAGGAGCUCCGGCGGGCCGUUGAGAAGAAGAAGUGCUCACUGUGCUCCUUCCAGUCCUUCAGCAAGAAGGGCAUCGUGUCCCACUACAUGAAGCGCCACCCGGGGGUGUUCCCGAAGAAGCAGCACGCCAGCAAGCUGGGUGGCUACUUCACGGCCGUCUACGCAGACGAGCAUGAGAAGCCGGUGCUGAUGGAAGAGGAGGAGAGAGGCAGCUUCGAGAAAGCCGCCGAGGUGGAGGGAAGCGAAGCCCCGGAGAUGGAGUGGCUCCCGUUCCGCUGCAUCAAGUGCUUCAAGCUGUCCUUCAGCACGGCCGAGCUGCUGUGCAUGCACUACACUGACCACCACAGCCGGGACCUGAAGAGGGACUUCGUCAUUCUGGGUGGCGGCCCCCGCUUGCCGAACCCCGCCUACCAGUGUAAGCACUGUGAUAGCAAACUGCAAAGCACGGCGGAGCUGACCUCACACUUGAACAUUCACAAUGAGGAAUUCCAGAAGCGUGCCAAACGUCAGGAGAGGAGGAAACAGCUUUUGAGCAAGCAGAAAUAUGCAGAUGGUGCUUUUGCAGAUUUCAAACAAGAGAGGCCUUUUGGUCACUUAGAAGAGGUGCCAAAGAUCAAGGAGAGGAAGGUGGUGGGCUACAAGUGUAAAUUCUGUGUGGAAGUGCACCCGACGCUCCGAGCCAUCUGCAACCACCUGCGAAAGCACGUCCAGUACGGCAGCGUCCCGGCGGUGUCCGCCGCCGUGAAGCAGGAGGCCGAAGACCCUUCCCACUUGUUCCUGGAUGGACUGGAAGCAGCCAAAGAUGCCAGUGGCGCCCUGGUGGACCGGGUGGAUGGUGAACACUGCUUGCUUGAUGGAAUGUUGGAGGAUGAAACCCGGCCGGGGGGAUACCAUUGUAGUCAAUGUGACAGAGUCCUGAUGUCCAUGCAGGGGCUGCGUUCUCAUGAGAGGAGCCAUCUGGCCCUGGCCAUGUUUACCCGCGAGGACAAGUACGGCUGCCAGUAUUGCUCCUUUGUUUCUGCUUUCAGGCACAACUUGGAUCGCCAUAUGCAAACCCACCAUGGACACCAUAAACCAUUCCGGUGCAAACUCUGCUCCUUCAAGUCCUCCUAUAACAGCCGGCUGAAAACACAUAUACUCAAGGCUCACGCUGGUGAACAUGCCUACAAGUGUUCUUGGUGCUCCUUUUCCACCAUGACAAUCAGCCAGUUGAAGGAACACUCCCUCAAGGUCCACGGAAAAGCCCUGACCCUCCCCAGGCCACGGAUUGUCAGUCUGCUCUCCUCACACGCUCACCACUCCUCCCAGAAAGCUACCCCAGCCGAAGAAGUGGAAGACUCUAAUGACUCCUCCUACUCAGAACCUCCAGAUGUUCAGCAGCAGUUGAACCACUAUCAGUCGGCCGCGCUGGCGAGGAACAACAGCCGAGUCAGCCCCGUGCCCCUCUCUGGGGCCGCCGGGGGUGCCGAGCAGAAAACCGAGGCUGUUCUGCACUGCGAAUUCUGUGAAUUCUCCUCUGGCUACAUCCAGAGCAUCAGACGCCAUUACAGGGACAAGCAUGGCGGGAAGAAGCUCUUCAAGUGCAAAGACUGCUCCUUUUACACAGGCUUUAAAUCUGCUUUUACUAUGCACGUGGAAGCCGGGCAUUCGGCGGUUCCCGAGGAGGGCCCCAAAGAUCUUCGCUGUCCUCUCUGCCUCUAUCACACCAAAUACAAACGCAACAUGAUUGACCACAUCGUGCUGCACCGAGAAGAGCGAGUUGUCCCCAUCGAAGUGUGCCGUUCCAAACUGUCCAAAUACUUGCAGGGAGUAGUUUUCCGCUGCGAUAAGUGUACCUUCACCUGCUCCAGUGACGAGAGCCUCCAGCAGCACAUAGAAAAGCACAAUGAACUAAAACCUUACAAAUGCCAGCUCUGCUAUUACGAAGCCAAGCACACGGAGGAACUGGACAGCCACCUUCGGGACGAGCAUAAGGUGAGCCGUAAUUUUGAGCUGGUUGGACGGGUUAACUUGGAUCAGCUGGAACAGAUGAAGGAAAAGAUGGAGAGCUCCAGCAGUGAGGACGACGACAAGGAAGAAGAAAUGAACAGCAAGGCUGAUGACAGAGAUCUGAUGAGAUUUUCCGACCGUGGCGCUGCUAUUAACACCGAGAAGCGUUUUCCAUGUGAAUUUUGUGGAAGGGCGUUUUCACAGGGCUCUGAGUGGGAAAGGCACGUGCUGAGACACGGCAUGGCAUUGAAUGACACCAAGCAGGUGAGCAGAGAAGAAAUCCACCUGAAAGAGAGUGUGGAGGACAGUAUUAAGAUGCCCUCUAUAGAGGAAAAGGAAGAUGACGAGGCAAUCGGGAUAGACUUUUCCCUAAAGAAUGAAACAGUAGCCAUCUGUGUAGUAGCUGCUGACAAAUCUCUCCUGGAGAAUGCAGAGGCCAAAAAUGAAUAAGCGUUUGGUGAAAUUCUUAAUCAAACCGUACUUGAACCGUGAUGAGAAAGUGGGAGGGCCAGCUUGGGCUGAGAAGGGGGGGGGGGGACAGAAAAGAAGACAGAACAAAGCUGCUUUUUAGGACUGAACAAUCUAUUUUCAAAGCACUGGUACCUGUGUGAGUGAGUAUGUAAAUUAAAGUUAUUUAAAUGGUUGGAAUAUGUGGCUCCUUUUCCAUCACUACACCUUUCCUUCCGGAUCUUCAUCAUGGAAGCGUCAUUUGUUUUGGAAUAUGGAAGCACCUCCCGUGCGCACGGUGUGCUCCGUGGCGGUCUUUGGACAGGAUGCAGAAACAGAAGCUCCAUGACAGUAGAAGACUUCUCUUAGGGGAACAACUUUUUGACGCACAUCUUUUGGUGCGUUUUUCUAGUUUUAAUACCUUAAGCUUUUUCAAGACCUAACUGCAGCCGCUUUGGGAAAAAACAAACAAACAAAAACCACAA